ACAUUUAAAUUGGUCUAUUAAAAAAUCGCUAGUGAGCAGAGGGCUAUAAAUAGAGCAAUAAUCAAUCCAAAUAAGUAGUAAAUUUACGUACAUUCCACCAUCCCAGCAGUAUAAGAAAACAAUAUUAUAUUUUUGAUAACAACCGAUCGCUCGUUGAGAACAAGUAGAAAACAUUACAACAAACAACAGUGGUUCAAACGGUGCAAUCAUGGUCCAAACCGUUAUCUUCACGUUGUUACUUUCGUGUGGAUUACAAUUUGCCUCAAGUGCAAAAUAUGAACCAACUUGGGACAGCCUCGACGGUCGCCCUUUGCCCGACUGGUACGACAAAGCCAAAGUCGGGAUUUUCCUCCACUGGGGUGUUUACUCAGUGCCCAGUUUCGGGAGCGAAUGGUUUUGGAGUCACUGGGAAUCGGGUGACGAAAAAACUGUCGAGUUUAUUAAGAAAAACUACCCUCCAGACUGGACUUACCAAGACUUUGCCCAGCAAUUUACCGCCGAAUUUUACGACCCUUUCAUGUGGGUGAACCUCUUUCUCAAAUCCGGGGCCAAGUACAUAGUGCUAACGAGUAAACACCACGAAGGCUACACCCUGUGGCCGUCGAAAUAUUCCUACAGUUGGAACGCCAAAGAUGUUGGGCCACACCUUGACCUUUUAGGUGAGCUUGCAAAGCGUGUCAAAGCCAGAGGGCUCCAUUUCGGAGUUUACCACUCAUUGUUCGAAUGGUACCACCCUCUGUAUCUGCAAGACAAAGCCAAUGGCUGGAACAGCUCUAACUUCGUUGACACAAAAAUAAUCCCGGAAAUGAAAGAACUGAUCACCACUUACAAACCGGAGGUGCUUUGGUCUGACGGUGAAUGGGAAGCCCCUGAUACCUACUGGAAAUCAAAGGAAUUCCUCGCAUGGCUUUACAACGAAAGCCCCGUCAAAGACGUUAUCGUGGUUAACGACAGAUGGGGAAACGACUCGUUGUGCACCCAUGGCGGUUUUUACACUUGUUCUGAUAGAUACAACCCGGGACAUUUGUUGCCACACAAGUGGGAAAACGCUAUGACUGUGGACAAACCCUCAUGGGGCUACAGAAGAAAUGCAGUGAUUUCCGACAUUCUAACUCCCCAUGAAUUGAUAACGACACUUGUAGAAACCGUUAGUUGCGGUGGAAACAUUCUUAUCAAUGUUGGGCCGACCAAAGAAGGCACAAUUUCGCCGAUUUUCCAGGAGCGGUUAAUGCAACUUGGUUCUUGGUUGUCCCUUAACGGGGACGCAAUCUACGAGAGUAAGCCCUGGACUGCACAAAAUGACACCUCCCCAAGUCCUAUCUGGUACACAGCUAAGAACGAAACUGUCUACGCGAUAGUGCUAGAAUGGCCCAGUAAAAAUGUAGUGUCCUUAGAGCAUCCAGACAUUAUCACGUUUUUCACGCAAGCAAAACCAACGGUGACGCUUCUAGGAGAUAAUAAAAAUAAAACUCUUUCGAGUGAUUCAAGUGAUACUCAAGUCACUGUGACUUUACCAGACAAAGCGACAGUUGCAAGUGAGUGGGCAUGGGUUCUUAAAAUGGUACCUACAAAGUCGAUUUAAAAUGUAGCUACAACAAAUUUGAAGAAAAAUAUGUAUUGUAACAAAAUUAGAUUUUUCCUGAAUAAAGAAUUACAGAAAA